AUGCGAGGUUCAAUCGAAAAUGAUGUAACGCCUUGCGUUGCCGGCCAACGUAAAAAGAGGUUUCCCGGCCGAUGGUCCUUAAGGCAUCUCAUUUAUUCUAGUCCUAUUUUGAACAGAAGACGAGCCCAAAACGCUUCAGGACCAUCUAAAAGUCAUACAAAACGAGAAGGUAAAGAUGUACCAGAUAGUAGUAAAGCGGGAAAUAGUUCCAAAGAAAAUGACAGGCAUCAUGUGGAGAUUCAUCAAGCCACUAGCAGAACAUCGGUAUAUACUACAAGUACUAAGAGUGGGGAAGCUCUCCCCUCAUCCCUGGAAUGUCCUCUCUGUUUCGCAGAAUUAACACCAGAAGAGUUUUGCGAAUUGGAGGCUUGCGGCCAUAGAGCGUGUGUACCAUGCUUCCAGCAGUAUCUUCGCGUUGAAAUCACAGAGUCUCGAAUAUGUAUAUCCUGUCCUCAAUGCUUGGAACCGAUGCAUCCUAAUGAAAUUCGUGCUGUCUUGGACAAUACUGCGCUCUUCGAGAAGUACGAAGAUUUCAUGGUACGCCGUGUGCUGGCUGUGGAUCCCGACACGCGAUGGUGCCCUGCCCCUGAUUGCUGCUUCGCAGUCAUAGCGAGCGAGUGUGCCAGCUGUCCCAAGCUGAAAUGCGAGCGUCCUGGAUGCGACUCAUACUUUUGUUACCACUGCAAAGCUGAAUGGCACCCUAACCAAACCUGUGACGCCGCCAGAGCUCAGAGAUCACCCAAUAUCCGAUCAUCGUCGAUUAGUUAUAGUCAGGAUUCGCAACAUAGAGAUGAUAUAAAACCAUGUCCUCGUUGUCAAGUGUUGAUAGUUAAAAUGGACGAUGGUUCAUGUAAUCACAUGAUGUGCGCAGUGUGUGGCGCAGAGUUUUGUUGGCUGUGUAUGAAGGAGAUCAACGAUCUUCACUUCCUUAGGUAG